GGGGGGGCACUUUGAGCCUCUGCGGCUCGCACUCCCGCAAUUCCCCCGGCCCUGGUCGCAGGUGAGGCCAGCAGCCACCCUCUCUGCCACCAGAGCUGCCGUCGCUUCCACUGCCGGCGUGGCCCUGGUGGAGGCGGCUGCGGCAGUAGGUGUGUAAGGAUGAUCUCACUCGCCCACUCCGCGCCGGGAGGAGGAGAAGGAGGAGCAGGAGCGGGAGGAAGCCCAACUUCCGGGGUGUAGGGCGGCAAGGCACCGGCAUCUUUCUUUUCCUACCCCCCUGGGCAGCCCCCUCCCCUCGUUCUCCCCCCCCCCCCUCCUCGCCUCUCCGCCUCCCCCCGCCCCCGCUCCCUGCCGCCAACAUGAACAGCUCGGACGAAGAGAAGCAGCUGCAGCUCAUCACCAGCCUGAAGGAGCAAGCAAUUGGUGAAUAUGAAGAUCUUAAAGCAGAAAACAAGAAAACAAAAGAGAAGUGUGACAAAAUUAAACAAGAACGGGAUGAAGCUGUUAAGAAACUGGAGGAAUUUCAGAAAAUUUCUCACAUGGUUAUAGAGGAAGUAAAUUUUAUGCAGAACCAUCUGGAAAUAGAGAAGACUUGUCGGGAAAGUGCUGAAGCUCUUGCAACAAAGUUAAAUAAAGAAAAUAAGACUUUGAAAAGAAUCAGCAUGCUCUAUAUGGCUAAAUUGGGGCCUGAUGUUAUAACUGAAGAGAUAAAUAUUGAUGAUGAAGACUCAGCUACAGAAACAGAGGGAACCUCUGGGACUUGUGACUCUGUACAGUGUCAACAACAAAUAAAAGACCUUCGAGAUCAAAUUUUGUCUGUACAAGAAGAAAAGAAGACAUUGGCCAUUGAACUAGAAAACCUGAGGUCCAAGCUUGUUGAAGUCCUUGAGGAAGUAAAUAAAGUUAAACAAGAAAAAGCUGUUUUGAAUUCAGAAGUUCUGGAACAAAGAAAAGUGCUAGAAAAAUGCAAUAGAGUGUCCAUCCUAGCAGUAGAAGAGUAUGAAGAAAUGCAGGUGAACCUUGAAUUGGAAAAGGAUCUUCGGAAGAAAGCAGAGACGUUUGCACAAGAGAUGUUCAUUGAACAAAACAAGCUUAAGAGACAAAGCCACCUUCUGCUGCAGAGCUCGGCCCCUGACCAGCAGCUUUUGAAAGCCUUAGAGGAAAAUGCAAAACUCACCCAGAUCUUAGAAGAAGAGAGAAUUCAACAUCAACAAAAGGUUAAAGAAUUGGAAGAACAGCUAGAUAAUGAAACACUCCAUAAGGAGAUCCAUAAUCUUAAGCAGCAACUGGAGCUUCUGGAAGAAGAUAAGAAGGAAUUGGAGCUAAAGUGUCAGAAUUCUGAGGAGAGAGCUAAAAACUUAAAGCAUUCAGUUGAUGAACUCCAGAAACGAGUACACCAGUCAGAAAAUUCAGUGCCACCUCCACCACCACCUCCUCCACCACUUCCCCCUCCACCACCAAAUCCAAUCCGGUCUCUCAUGUCCAUGAUACGAAAGAGAUCCCACCCAAGCAGCAGUGGGGCCAAGAAAGAAAAAGCAGUUCAGCCAGAAACUGUGGAAGAAGUCACAGAUCUGAAGAGACAAGCAGUUGAAGAAAUGAUGGAUAGGAUUAAGAAGGGAGUUCAUCUUAGACCAGUUAAUCAGGCAACCAGGCCAAAGGCCAAGCCAGAAUCUUCAAAAGGCUCUGAAAGUGCAGUGAAUGAACUAAAAGGAAUACUGGAGACACUUAACACAUCUGCUAGUUCAAGAAACUUAAAAUCUCUUGAUACUGAAAACAGUGAAACUGAGUUAGAAAGAAUUUUACGGCGCAGAAAGGUGACAACAGAGCCAGAUAGCAGUAGUCCAACGGGGAUAUUAGCCACUUCAGAGUCCAAAUCCAUGCCAGUGUUGGGUUCUGUAUCCAGUGUAACAAAAACUGCAUUGAACAAGAAAACUCUGGAGGCAGAAUUCAACAGCCCGGCCCCCAAAACACCUGAGCCAGGUGGAGGGCCUCCUAAACUGGAAGGAAGCACAAGUUCCAAAGUUACAUUUCAGUCUUCUUAUAUGGACCACAGUUGAACAACCAGAGAGGAGUGAUCAAAAAACAAGUUUGAAUGUGUUGGCAAGUAAAACUUGGGUUAACCAAAAAAACUAAUUCGAUUAACCUUCACAUUUGUAAUAAAAUGGAUGACUGACUUCUUGUUUGACCUUUAACGGUUUAAAAAAUUCCUUCCCAUGUAAUAUUAAUUUAGAAAAAAUGGUAUUAAAAAUUACCAAAUCAUUGGCUUGGAGUUGCCAAACCUGAUUAAAACCACCGAAUAAAAAUUGAGGGUCUGAACUCUGUUUUCUGGAAACUUGGCAUAUAAUUAUCUCCCUAAAUGUUUAUCUCAGCUGGAAUUUAAUUUGGAUGGACACACAGCUAUUCCUUAAGAAGGCCCUAGGUGAUGUUUUUUUCAUCAGGAAACCCAAGUGGUCGUCUUGACUCCUAUGGUGCCUACUUACAUUUAAAAAAAAAAAAAGGU